AUGCCCAUUUCAUCAGACCCUCGCCCACUAGACAGCUACACUCCUUCAACACUUGGAGAUAACAUUGACAGUAAAGUAGAGUUCGGACUAGAGGCAAAUUUGAGUGAAAUGAAAGAUCAAAAGAUCACCUGUUAUGAUAUUUUUGCUGGCCUGAAUCACUUCCCAUUAUGUUGUGGCAGUAAAUGUUCUCUAGCAUUUGUCACUCCUCUCGAAGCAAUUCUAUUUGAUAUAGAUGGAACAUGGUGUGAUUCAGAUCCGCUCCAUUAUUAUGCUUUCCGUGAAAUGCUUCAAGAAGUAGGUUUUAAUGGUGGGGUUCCUAUCACUGAGGAAUUCUUCAUUGAGAAUAUCAGUGGGAUGCACAAUGAGGAGCUCUAUGGUGUUCUCUUUCCUGAUUGGGAUCUCCAAAGAGCAAGAAAUUUUUUUGAAGAUAAGGAAGACAUGUUCCGAAGAUUGGCAUCUGAACAGUUAGAACCUAUGAAGGGCUUACAUAAGUUGCGGGAAUGGAUUGAAAAUCAAGGCUUGAAACGGGCUGCAGUAACAAAUGCACCAAGACCAAAUGGCGAGCUAUUAGUAUCAGCACUGGACCUCCUGAGUUUCUUUGAAGUUCUAGUUAUUGCAAAUGAAUGUGAUAGAGCAAAACCAUUUCCUGACCCCUACUUGAAAGCUCUCCAAGCACUUAAUGUGUCAAAUAAGCAUGCUUUCGUCUUUGAGGUUUGGCUCCCAUGAUUCUGCUUUGCAUCAA